AAACUGCGCCCAAUCUUGACGCAGCCGUCAACCUUCAACAUGUUCCAGAGAAGCUGAGGAGCCUUGGGGAUAUUGUAUUUUGCACAUUCCUAGCAUGGAGGAUGCCGUCGAAUUUCCCGUGGCCAAGCGACAGCGCCGCGAGAAUGGCCAGAGCCCUCUCGAUCACAAAGCGCGAACAAGUUCUCGACUCUUUUCUCCGUUCAGAACCUUAGGCUUGGUUUCCCCUACAAGUGUCCCGUUUACGUCCGUUCCCCUGGGCAAAACCACUUUUCAGAUCACCACUUCUGUUGGCAAUGCUCUGCAAACCUACGACUUACGCAGAGGUCUCAAUCUUGUUUUCCUCAGCCGCCCCCAAUGCCCGAAUCAGAUUACAUCUACGUGCGCAUAUCGUGAUAGAGUCUUUGUUGCAUGGGGGGGAUCGCAACAGGACAGUCCUCGAGGCGUUUGGGUCUUCAAGCGAGGACAAGUCGUUGGCGAGUUGGAGACUGAAGACACCCACCCUCAAGAGAUUGAGACGCUUCUUGUGUUUGGCUCUUGGGUCGUAGGAUGUGGAAAAGAAGCGAUUGAAGUCUGGAAAUCCGACACCUACGAACACUAUACAACUAUCCUCCCAUCUACUUCUGCCGCUGCCAGCAAUUCUGGAGAAAUUUUCUCUGGUCAGAUUUGCACCCUACCUACCAUUUUAAACAAGGUUUUUGUUGGAAGAAAAGAUGGCUAUAUCGAGGUCUACAACGUUAGUACUGGGAGAUUGGUGCACACAAUCCUCGCCCCCUCGGCAAAUUGCGGUCCGGUGACGGCCCUUUCUCCAGCCCCUGCACUGUGUCUCCUCGCAGUUGCUUAUGCCGACGGCACUAUUACCAUUUUUGACGUCGAGUCAGAUGAGAAGGUGCUGGAAUUGCAUCAAAGAGACACCAAGAAGCCUAUAACCUCGAUAAGCUUCCGUAGCGAUGGAAUGGGUGCCGGAGAGGAUGGCCGUAAGUCCGGUUCCAUGGCUACGUCUAGUAUCGAGAGCGGUGAUAUCACACUUUGGGACCUUAAUCGUGGUGGUAAAAUUGUGGGAGUAUUGCGAGGCGCCCAUGAGACUUCGAGCCUUGGUCAGGCGACCGGAGUGAACAAGGUGGAGUUUCUUUCAGGACAGCCUGUGUUGAUAUCGUCUGGUUUGGACAAUUCUCUGAGGUCCUGGGUAUUUGACGAGAAUCCUUUCUCACCAACACCCCGACCUUUACAUUCACGGAGCGGACACGCUGCUCCAGUGACUAAGCUCAAAUUUCUGCCGGCCGCCUCAGAUGGGUCGGAUGCCGCUGGGAAAUGGCUACUGUCUGCUGGAAGUGAUCGAAGCCUCUGGGGAUUCAGUCUCCGCCGCGACGGUCAGAGCACCGAGUUGAGCCAGGGUGCGGUCAAGCACAAAGCCCGGAAGACUGGACUGCUUGCAGACGAUGGCGCCGGGGUAGAGGAAUUCAAAGCUCCACCUAUCAUUGAUAUGGCUUGCUCCCUGAAUAGAGAUGGCGGCAUGGGUGCAGUGGGCGGCCAGGUCUGGGCCAAUGCGAAGACGAGCAAUGCAGAAGUGACCAGCACCACUGGUUGGGAGAGUAUUGUCACUGCCCACCUCGACGAUCGCUUUGCAAGAACGUGGUCUUGGGGAAGGAAAAAAGCUGGCAGGUGGUCUUUCGAGACUGGCGAUCACAAACCCGUGACUAGUGUCGCCAUCACUACCUGUGGCACUUUCGCUGUCAUCGGGUCCGCUGGUGGCAGUCUGGACAUGUUCAAUCUUCAAUCUGGGGUACAUCGUCAGCGAUACCCACCUCGUCUGACUCCGUCGCAGAUCAAACAGCUCAAACAACAUGCCCAGUCAGAGCAGAUUCUGCCCGUGCCACAAGGUCAUCGAGAUGCAGUGACUGGCAUUGUCGUUGACAGCCUCAAUCGCACAAUGGUUUCUACUGGUCUCGAUGGCUCUAUCAUCUUCUGGGACUUCUCGACUGGAAGGAUCCUAGAGAGACGCACUGAUACCGAUGCUGUGCCCACAGCCAUCCACUACAACCCAUCGUCAGGGCUUCUCGCCCUUUCUUGUGACGAUCUUUGCAUUCGCAUCGUCGACAUUGAAAGCAGAAAGAUUGUCCGCGAGCUCUGGGGCUGUGUAGGACAGAUCUACGACUAUUGCUUUUCCCACGACGGUCGCUGGGUAGUGGCAUGUUCCAUGGACUCGAUUGUUCGCGUAUUUGACCUAGCGACGGGCCAUCUAAUUGACGCCUUCCGAACAGCAACAUGCACCAGUGUCGCGUUCUCAUCAACCGGCGAGUUUCUGGCGACCACCCACGCCGGUAGUGUCGGUAUCAACAUCUGGACGAACAAAGCUCUGUUCACAGCCGUUUCGACGAAACAGGUUGACGAAGCCACUGGCAUCAUCGAUCUCACCGAGACAGCAGCCUUCCAAGCAGCCAGUCAACUCGCAGUUGCAGACCCAGUGGCCGACGCAGACGACCAGAUCGAUGGCAUCGACGACGAAUCAUUCACCGUUGACCAACUCGAUCGAAGCCUCCUCACCCUCUCCCUCGUCCCUCAAUCACGGUGGCAAACACUCCUCAACCUCGACAGUAUCCGAGAGCGCAAUAAACCGAUCCAGGCGCCCGAGAAGCCCAAGGCGGCACCUUUCUUCCUGGGCUCAGCCAUGACGAACGGGACCGGCGCCGACACCACCUCGUCCAUUGCUGUCGCCGAUAUCGAAGAGGUUGAGCGUUCGCGUAUAUCUCGUCUCGCUCUCGCAGCCUCUUCGCAGCAAUCUCACUCGCAGAUUUCAACCCUUUUGGCUUCCUUCUCGUCAGACCGCAGCCCGAGCGAAUUGUGCGACUACCUCACCACGCUGCCCCCGUCCGCGGCGGACCUGGAAAUCCGUUCCCUCACGCUGUCGGAAAUGCCCCUCUUCGUCCGCGCACUCACCCUCCAACUCGAAUCCCGGCGCAGUUUCGAGUUGGUGAAUACGUGGAUGAGCGUCUUCCUCAAACUGCACGGCGACUUUGUCGCGGAUGUUCCCGGCCUCAACGACGCCGUGCGCGAGUGGAGGUCAGUCAUGCAGGCCGAGGAAGAGAGAUUGAGCAAACUUGUGGGCUACACACGCGGCAUUGUAGAGUUUUUGAGGAGUACGAGGUAGAUUUGAUGCGUGACGGGGUACAUUUUAGACGGGCCCUUUUUGGCUCGGGCAAUCGAGUCAGGUACACUAGUUUCAAUGAGCCUAGAAGCACGAAAAUAAGAUGAACAGUGCAAUUUCCAUAUAUGUGUGGCCAUUUUGUGUAUCUCGUCUCGUCAAGAAUCGUGAACGUCAUGG